AAUAAAAAAGAAGAGUUCGAUGGCUUCGCAUAUCAACAAGAUGUCCUUAGCCAGCCUUCUCCCAGCACCGAGCCAGGUCGUCUGGGACCGCGAGGACGAGGCUCGAGAGCAGAAACUUCGCCAGAGGCCAGUAUCAGCUCUUGUCAAGGCAGUUAUAACAGCCCCACCGUAUGGACAACGGAAAGGAUGGGUGCCUCGAACCCCCGAGGACUUCGGGGACGGAGGUGCCUUCCCGGAGAUCCAGGUGGCGCAGUACCCCCUGGGGAUGGGCAUGAAGGGCAAAGAGUCCUCCAGCAACGCCCUGGCGGUCCAACUGGAUGCCCAGGGAAAGGUCAAAUACGACGUGCUAGCUCGUCAGGGCCACGCAAAGGACAAAGUGGUCUACAGCAAGCUGAGUGACCUCCUCCCCUCCGAAAUAACCUCUGAAAACGAUCCCUCCCUGCAGCGCCCCGACGAGGAGGAAAUAGCAGAGAUCACAGAGAGAACGCGCAAGGCCCUGGAGAAGAUAACGCAGUCGAAAAUAGCAGCAGCCAUGCCAGUUCGUUGUGCAGAGAAACUGGGUCCAGCCCAGUACAUCCGCUACACCCCCUCCCAGCAGGGGCAAUCCUUCAACUCAGGAGCUAAACAAAGAGUCAUAAGAAUGGUGGAGGCCCAGGUGGACCCCAUAGAGCCCCCAAAAUUCAAAAUCAACAAGAAAAUCCCGAGAGGGCCCCCCUCCCCGCCAGCCCCAGUGAUGCACUCACCCACGAGAAAAGUCACAGUGAAGGAGCAGAAAGAGUGGAAGAUUCCUCCCUGCAUCAGUAACUGGAAGAACGCCAAAGGGUACACAAUCCCCUUGGACAAACGUCUGGCAGCUGAUGGUCGAGGUCUCCAGCAGGUUCACAUCAACGAGAAUUUUGCUAAAUUGGCUGAGGCCCUGUACAUUGCUGACAGAAAGGCGAGGGAGGCUGUGGAGGCUAGGGCGCAGCUUGAGAAGAAGCUCGCGCAGAAGGACAAGGAGAAGAAGGAGGAUCACUUGAGGCAGUUGGCGCAGAAGGCGAGGGAGGAGAGGGCGGGCUUGAAGUCAGCUGCUGCUCUUGACAAGGCUGAGGAGUCGAGGGAGAGGGACCAGCUGAGGAAUGAGAGGCACAAGGACAGGGCGCGUGAGAGAAAUCUUGCGAGGGCUGCGCCUGACAAACGAUCGAGGCUACAGCGUGAACGGGAGAGGGAUAUUUCGGAGCAGAUCGCCCUGGGGAUGCCUGCCAAGAGUGUGUCCACUGGCGAUGCCCAGUUUGAUCAGAGGUUGUUUAAUACUUCUAAGGGGAUGGACAGUGGGUAUGGGCAUGAUGAUGAGUACAAUAUUUAUGACAAACCCUGGAGGGACUCCAAUUCCCUGGGGUCUCAUAUCUAUCGACCUGGGAAGAACAUCGAUAAGGACAAUUAUGGGGAUGAUCUGGAGAAGCUGGUCAAGACGAAUAGAUUUGUGCCUGAUAAGGAGUUCUCGGGGACUGACAGGAGUGCUACGAGGGCUGGGCCUGUGCAGUUUGAGAAGGAUGAGGAGGAUCCUUUUGGGCUGGAUCAGUUCUUGAAGCAGGCCAAGAGGGCCAGUGGGACUGCCACCAGUGCUGGGGCUGCUUCAUCCUCGGGGUCUAAGAGAAAGGAUGAGAAGGAGCAUCGGAGGGAUGACAAGAGGAAGAGACAUUGAUGGGUUGAUGAGGGAUUUAUGAAUAAUUAUUACUUUGAUUUUAUAAUCAAGCGAUUCAGGAAGUUAUUGUUAACAUUAAGUUGAUUGAAAUGUGAAGUAAGUGAUUUAGGGAAUAAAUGAUGAUGAUUCUUUUA